AUGGCCUCGCCGAUCAACUACGCCGUCGAUGAGAAAGACCUCGACGACGCCGCUUUAUGGGCAGUAAUCGACUCUGCCGCCGCAGCUUCUCUCUCCUCCACCACCGCCAUCUCCAAAUCCCGUAAACCCCUCGCACUAAAGCACACCAACAAUUUCAGAUCCCCAACCCUUAAUUUCAGUUCAAACCCUUCUCCCCCAACCAAAUUCCCCCAAAAUCCUAGAAAUUACCACAACUCACCCCACGCAGAGCUCUUUGCAGAACCGUGGGCUGCUCAAAAUCACCGUCCACACAAAAUUGCGAGGUCGUCCUGCGUUUCGGAGCUGAGUGAAACGAGUACGAGUCCUCUGGUUGUGGUGAAGCACUUGCAGCGCACGCCGAAUACGCCGAUGUCAUAUUCGUCACCGGAGGCUAAGUGGAUUCAGGUGAAAGAGCAUGACAACAGUCCGAAUGUUUCGGAGUGUUCACCAGUGAGUUAUGGGCAAUGUGAGGAGGGAGAGAGCACGAUGAUGAGGCAUAGCUUGUCUGGCAGAUUUCCGACUGUGUCACUGUUCAAAGAGUAUCAAAAUGCUGCUAUGGCGAUUCUGGAGAAAAGUGAUUUCACUAUGAUUAGUGGGAGCCCUUAUAUCAAAAAGGUUGGAGGAAGAUAUCAUUCUACUUCAAUCUUUCUUAUGAAAUUAAAGACAAGACUAUCGAGUUUGAUGAUAACCGUAAUGUUCAGCGUGCUGAGUUUGUGGUUCGGGCAUCGAUGCAGGGUGGUAGGUUCUCUGAUGGAUGGGGGUCAUGUGACCGGCAUGAGAAGAGAUUUUUAAAACCAAAUCAUGACAUUCCCAGCACAGCAGAAACCAGAGCUAAAAAUAAAGCUUGUCAGGAUCUGCUAGGAAUCGGAGAAUAUCGACCUGGUGCAAGCCACGCUCAGCGAUAAAUUUAGAAUGAUUCAAGGUUCGUUGUAGCCAAAUAGCAAAUUCUAGUCCUAGUGUUUCCAUGGGAUUUAAGUGAUGAGAAAUUAUUAUCGAAUGUACUGUACUAAAACAAAAAAGUAAAGAAGAAAGCUUGAAUUACAUUAAGUUGACG